AUGGAUUUCGAAAAGAUUAAACCAGCCAUUUUUGAACAGCUUGAUAGCCAAACUAAUUUGCUUAAUGGAAUUCAAAAGAGCGUACAGCAGCUGGUUGAGAAACAACUUGUAAUAAAUGCAGAAAACGUUGAUACGGAUUCGUUGAAAACAAUUUCACCGGUAAAUGUAAACAAAACCAUUACAGUUACAGAUGUAGUUGAUCAUCUCAGGUUAAGUCCGGUGGAAGUAGUUUCAUGUUUCCCUGCGUUCAAAAAAGACAAAAAUGGUGUCAAGCCAGAUGAUUCGCAGCCCUCCACUUCCUUUCGACUCUGUGUGGAUGCCAAGUACUCGGAUAUGAUUAACAAGGAAUGUACCUGGUCUGAACAUGUGCGAGUUAGAAACUGGUUAUUUGCAUCAGCUACUCGAUAA